AUGGCGGUAGUCGUCUGAGUGGGUUAUUGUGGCGCUUGAGGCUACAAGCCCAAGUAUCUUCAGCUCAAGAAGAAGUUAGAAGAUGAGUUCCCUAGCCGUCUGGACAUCUGCGGCGAGGGGACUCCCCAGGUCACCGGCUUCUUUGAAGUGUUCGUAGCAGGGCUGGUUCACUCCAAGAAGGGAGGCGAUGGCUACCUGGACGCGGAGAGCAAGUUUCUGAAGCUGGCGGCCGCCAUCAAAGCUGCUUUGGCUCAGGCCUGAUGCGCCCUGAAGGCAAAGACCAGUAACUGUGGCCCAGCCCUUCCCGGCAGACGCUUCAUGACAGGAAGGACUGAAAUGUCUCUUGGACGCCUGGUCCUUCCCUGAUGUUCUCACGGCCGCCGGCUGGAGCAGAGAUGGACACCCCUAGUCUUUGCCUGUGUGGGGGGCGGGGAGUGCGUGUGUGUCCCCGCACGCUGGUCCUGCUGCCUUCCCCGUCCCUCAUCUCCCUGCAUCUCCCCCCAACCCCACCCGGCCCUUGUCUUCCCUUCUCCCCUGUGGUGUUUGGGGUGGUCCUUCUCCAGGCUUCCUUUUCAAGGGGAAGCCGAGAGGAGGAUCAGGAUGAGUGAGUCUCAGAUUUCAGCAGUGAUGGCAACAGUUCACAACUCAAUAAAUGGUGAUGAGGUUAACAAAAAAA